AUGGAGGAGGACUACCAUGAGUAUGACGACGCUGCUGAUGACUGGGAGGUUGAAGCCCAGCAAGGAGAAGCUGCCGAGGAGGAAGCCCUUAAGCGAAAACUGCGAGAACAACAAGCCCUACUGGAGAAGGAAAGGCAGCGAAGACGUGCCAGAGCUUCUGCACGAACUGAAGAGGAGGAGCUAUUACCCGCUGACGUUGCAAGGGCUCUUGAAGAUAUGAAAAGCACGGCAAGCAGUGCCGGGGAAGCCCUGAAUGUGGUAAAAGACAGUGAGAACGCCGUAAAGCUCAUCGCUGACAUGCCCGUCAACACUGCCGCGGAGGCGGAGGCGCUCGGUGUCGUAUUGGCUGACCGCCUUCUUAGCUUUUCUGAGUCUCCACACUUCAACUCAAUCCUUUCUGUCGUUUUCCGUGAUAUAGCCCGUGAGUUUAAGUCAGGCAACGCCCUUGACACCCUCAGGACCAUUAAGGACAAGGUAUCAAACGCAAGUAAGGUUUGUGAAGGAAAAAUGAAGCAAACAAAGGGUGACAAGCGGGAGCAACCGGGGAAGGAAGGGGCAUCCGCAAAGGGUGGCUCUUCAGCAGGAGAUGCACUGGGAUUGGACACCAUAGGGGAUGAGGGUGGUGCUGCCAACGUUCCCGAUGGUGAUGACAACUUUAUGUGA